UGUUCCUAUUGGUUCCAAUAUCAUUGUCAUCUGACACCUGUCAAAAGUGAGAGAUCGCAGAGCGCCGAGAGUAUUAUCGCAGGGAUUUAAUUUUGUAAUCUCUAUCCCUCAGUACGUGCGAUAAAUCUCGAAAAGGAUAAUCCAAAUUCUAGUCCAAUCGCAAGAUGUUUGCGCGCUCGUGAACCAUAGGGGUGUUCGUGCAAUCGUCCAAGAGAUGCUCCUCAGUCCAAGCCCCAAAACCAGUGAUAAUAAUUCUACUAUUUACCAAUUAGCUACUACAAUUCAAUUACCAAAAAAACUUGGGGCAGAGAGAUAGAACCAUUGAGAGUAAUAAAGAGAUUGAAAGAGAGGAAUGAGUCAAUGUGAUAAUUUAUAGUACAUAUCUAGAUAGGAUUGAAACGCGAAGCAGGUUCUGUUUUCCUAAAGUUAAAUGUUAUUGUUGCACAGUUGUUGUUAUUGCAAUCUUUCUGAGUGGCUGUGAUCGUGGAUGUUACUGUGAUGAGUGCAACUGAUGCAGAGAUUGUGCCUAUUCUGGUGAGCACAACAGUGGAUUGCCAGGUACAUUGUACAAGUGCCUUGAGAGCUGAUGAGGAGUCUGAUGGUUCUUCCUCAGAUGACAUCAGGCUAGUGCCUGAUGUUACAUUUGAGCCUGUGCCAGACUCGCCUGGUAUCAAUAGGGAAUCCCAGCCCCUACUUGGCACCAUAGAUGUCACAUAUAACCAUUUCCCAGAUGAUCCCCUCUUCAAUGACCUCGUAUCGAACGCAGAAACCGCCAUAGACAAUGGCAUUUACCCCGAGAGGAUAUCGCAGGGGUCGAGCGGGUCGUACUUCGUGAAAAAUCCAGAAGCCAAAAUUAUAGGCGUGUUCAAACCGAAAGACGAGGAACCCUAUGGCCGGUUGAACCCGAAAUGGACCAAAUGGAUGCACAAGUUGUGCUGUCCGUGCUGUUUCGGCCGGUCCUGCCUUAUACCAAAUCAGGGAUACCUCUCAGAAGCGGCCGCCUCUCUGGUCGACACCAAGCUAGAUUUGAACAUCGUGCCGAAAACUAGGGUGGUGAAACUGGUGUCGGAGACGUUCAACUAUCCACGGAUAGAUAGACAGAAAGCACGCAUUAAACGAUCAAUCAUGGAGCAGUUCCCUAAUGUUGGUUUAAGAUUCAACAGGAUAGGCUUACCGCCCAAGAGCGGAUCGUUUCAAGUAUACGUGGAUGGAUUCAAAGAUGCCGACCAUUGGCUGAGACGGUUCGAGGCGGAGCCUCUGCCGGCGUGGAUGGCGCAAAAAUUCCAGCUUCAAUUCGAGCGGCUCGUCGUGCUAGACUACAUCAUCCGCAACACCGAUAGAGGAAACGACAAUUGGUUGAUCAAGUACGAUCAGCCGCAGAUCGUGACAACCACCACAAACAACGGGGGCGGAGCCGCAACAACAGGAGCUGUUCGUGGAGGAGCCGUCGCCACUCAGGUCGGUCUCCACGGUAACACCAACGGAUCUCUAAAGAACAUCUCUCGACAUGUGGAUUUGGUUGAUACGACCGAUUGGAAUCUGGUUCAGCUUCCACAAAUCCGGAUAGCCGCCAUCGACAACGGCCUGGCCUUUCCGUACAAACAUCCGGAUAGCUGGCGUGGCUAUCCCUACCAUUGGGCGUGGCUUCCGCAGGCGAAGGUGCCCUUCAGCAGAGAGAUCCGCGACCUGGUGCUGCCUCAUCUUGGUGACAUGAAUUUCGUACAGGAUCUCUGCGACGAUCUGCAUCUUCUCUUCAAGCAGGACAAGGGAUUCGACAAGGGACUGUUCGAACGUCAGAUGUCCGUCAUGCGGGGACAAAUCCUGAAUCUUACACAGGCACUCCGAGAUGGUAAAUCGCCGGUGCAGCUCGUGCAGAUGCCGGCAGUCGUCGUUGAAAAAACUAUCCUCUCCGAAAGUGGCUCGCAAGAAAUCCAUUAAUAAGCAGGAAUGGAAAUGCGAGAAAGAUAGUGUAACAAACUGUCGCAGGGUCAACACACCUCCAGGUUUUUCAACUUCACGCAACGCUUCCAAGAUAAAAGCCCGUUCUUCUCGUGGUGUUAAC